AAUACAUUUUGCCUCCGCGGUCCAACAAUCCGUCAUUUAUACGUAGAUCGUUCUUACGAGUCGAUCUAUUUGCAUUGCGCUUUGCGCGUCGAAAGAUCGCGAUCUUUUGUACGGAAGCGAAUAAGGAAAUGAUUUCUCAAAAGAAGAAGGACAAGGACGAAGCUUCUCUACGAGCGGUUUUAUUGCUUUAAUCGUCGAUCAAGCAGUUUCCGCUCCAACAUUUUAAUCAUUUAAACAGUGACGUCUUGUCGGAUACAAAUUGCAAAAUAUGAUGCAACGAGAGCGAGAUGCAUGCAGGUCGAUGCAUUCGGCUGAACUUGACCUACUAUGCCACGAUUGUAAAGCAGAUUCCAUUUUUAAAAGUGGGCAUAGACGUGGCCGUGACUUUGCAUGCAAAAGUCCCUAGGCCAAAUAAUUCCCUAUGCUGUAUGGAACGCCAGGCUUCGUUAGUCGAAAAACAUAAUCGAGGAAAGAUGAAAAAUACUGUUCUCACGGGGCACGUUUGAAAUGCAAGGUUCGUGACGCACGCGUAAAGUUAUUCGACAUACGACCUACAUACAUAUAAAGAAAAUGUCGACCGCAGGACGAAUUCGUUCUUUUCAAGCACAACGAAAUUAAAACGAAAAAUUACCUCGACGAAGCACCGCCUCGUUCGAAGCGAAUAAAUAUUAAAACGAACGAAUUUUGAUAUUACAUUUCAUCAGCGCGAUACGAACGAAAACUUAGGGACAAUCUCGAUCGAAAGCUUGUCUCGAAGACAACAUGGCGGCGUGCACGUGUCGUCUGCAAUCCUCCGCUAGAAGCGAGUGUCGAACGUGUUACGGUUAUCGGUUCGCUUUUCGUGAACGAUUAAUCACAUUGCCGAGGACAACGAAGACAAGCUUCGCACACCUCGUGAAAAAUGCCUGGUAAUGGAAGUUUGCGGCACAACGAAGAGAAGUCAUAAGGAAUGGCGACGGACUGCGAAAAAAGAGCGUCGCAGGCGGCUGCGUCGCAACGCGGCCGCUGAGCGCGACGCCGACGCUGAACGACUGAGGGCAGCACUGGAGAAAAACCCGGACUAUUUGAACUGGUUGCAGAACUGCGAAGUGGAAGAGGCCGAAAGAGAGAAGGUUGAACAAAAGGAGCGCGACGAACGAGAAAGACUCUGGCUGGAAGAGGAGGCGAGAGCGCAGAAGGAAUGGCACGUCCUGCAGGAGCGGAAGCAAAGGGCUCGGCAGUUGCAGCUGGAACAAGAGGCGAAGAUCCGGGAGGAGUUCGAGGCGAAGCAGGAGGCGAUUCGCAAGAAACACGAGGAGGAGAAACAAAAGCGAGAGGAGGACAUCAAGAAGCGGGAGCAAUUGGUCAAGGAGAUCGACGACUACAUCGACAACGGGAUCAAGACGCCGGAAACUUUGCGCGAGGUAAUCGACAGUCAGCCUGGCAAGGAGCUCUGCCCUUUCUUCACCAAAACUGCCGCCUGCAGAUACGGCGACACCUGCUCGAGGAACCAUCGGCGAGUAUGCCUGAGCAAGGUGAUUCUGGUACCUGGAUUCUACACGCAUUUCUCCCUCGAGAAGAACUCCGCGGAGUAUGACACCGAUAUAGCGCUCGAGUUCGAGAGUUCGGAGACCCGGCAGCAUUUCCGCGAGUUCUACAAGGACGUGGUGCCCGAGCUCGAGUCGUUCGGCCGAAUAAAGACCUUGAAGUACUGCUGCAACACCGAGAUCCAUCUCCGUGGAAACCUGUACGUCGAGUAUUAUACCGAACGGGAGGCGGCCCGGGCGCUGAGAAAGCUGAAGGCGCGUUGGUACGCCGGCAGGCAGCUUAACUGCGAGUUCGCCAAUCUGAAGUCCUGGAGGAGCGCCGUCUGCGGCAUGGCGAAAUGCCCGAAAGGGAGAGCGUGCAACUUUCUGCACACCUUUCGAAAUCCGCGCGACGAGUACGAUAUUAAAAGCCCGCCUAGGUGGGCAAAGACCUCGGGUUCCUUUCCUCAAGAUGUUGCGACCAGCAGGAGAAUCGAGUACAGGAACAAGUCGAAAUGGGAGGACGGAAGCGAAGCGGACGACGGCAAGAACUGGCGGUGGUCCGACUCUCCGGAGCCAGAGACCGAGCAACAGUACUCCAGAAACACGGAGAGACGACAUCGCCGUGGCGACGAGUCGGCGCACCGACAAAAGUCGACGCGCGAGAAACGCGUCAGGUCGACCGCAGAUAACGACGAGACGGCUAGAAAACGGCGUCGUUCGACGUCCAAGAAAUAUUUCGAGGAGAACGCGAAAGAGGAGGACGCUUCGAAUGGCCGCGAGUCCAGGAGGUACUCGCGGAAGAAGAGAGAAGACGACGAGGGUGAGGAUCGCGAGGAGUCAAGGUCGCCGAGGUACCAUCGCAAGCGAUACUCGAAAAGCGGCGACGGUGGCUACCACUCGAAGAGUCGAAGAUACUCCAACAAAUACUCCAGGCAGGAGAGAGAGGGUCGCGAGAAAGACAGACGACAAUCGAGGAGCCAUCGAGAUUUCGAGGAUUCGCCAAGGCGGAAGUCGAAGGCGACCUCUGGGACGGUCGACGCCGAAAAGACCGACCACUUCAAAGAUAUCGCUUGUUUAAAGUCCAAGUGGGAUAAAGACGCUUCCGUUCAGAACGAUUCGGACAGUUCAGAGUCCUCGGACUCGGACUCUUCGAGCAGCGUCGAGGAGAAAGACACGGACAAGUCCGCGACAUCUGCGAAACCCUGCAGACGCUACUCCGACGACGCUUGGGCCACGACGGACUCCGAGAACGACGCGACAGCAAACGACAAACGAUGAUACUUGUAAUUAUAUUUCAAUCGGACGAUCGGUCGUUCUUUCCAUAUCGAAGUGCAUUUGAACAAUAAAGUAUUUUAUAUCCGCGGA